UGUACACCAAUUUAUAUUUGAUGCCUGCAGGCUGGUCAAGUAUAUGGUGUUCCACUUUCUGGCAAUUUGUUAGCAAAAUCUGGGGUUUUUCCAGAUCAUCGCACCUGUGGAGAUGACUUCAGAAAGAAAUGGAUUGAGGACCUGUCACAGAGGAAGAGACUUCGAGCUCUGGCCGAACAUGUCCCGCAUGGUUAUCAAAGACGCACCAUCUUUGAGGCACUUAUUAAGCAUGACGUUCCUCUACUUCGAGCUACUUGGUUCAUCAAAAUCAUUUUCCUUAACCAGGUCAAACCCAUGUCCAUUGGAAUGUCGGCAGGAGGUCCUGACAAAUCACAGUCAAAGCGAGUGGGACUGUGGACCAAGAAUGUGUUGGAGUAUACUCAGUCGUUGCUGGACGAUCUAUGCCAGACCGGAGGUGCUUCUGGAUCACACUCUCAGAUCCUGUCUGUAAGAGGCGACUCCGUUGAGAACGAGCCUGAUUUGCUUGCGAAAUGGCGGUAUAUUGUGAGCUUGGAACAGUGGCAUUACAUUGAAGGGCUUCUUAAUCGGACUCAAGUUGUUGACUGGGCUUUGAAGCAACUUCAGGAAAAGGAGAGUGUGGAGGCUCUAGAGCUUCUUCUACCGAUAUUGCUUGAACUCAUCGACGGCAUAUCUAUGUCUCAAACACACUCACGGAUGCUUGUUGAAUUAUGUCUUCAAUGGCUCCGUAAGCUCUAUCCAUUAGGGCACGUGCCUAGCAUUGGUGAUAAUUCACGAAACAAUCAGGUAGCCGACACAUUAGUGAAGCUGCUACAAUAUCUCGUUCUUGUCAUUCCUGACACCUUCGUUGCAUUGGAUUGUUUUCCUUUGCCCCAGUGUGUGAGCUUGGGUGGCAGUGAAAGCUCAGCCAUUGAAAGUUCAUCCAACGAUCUUGGCAGGGUGAACUCUGUUGUCGAAGAUCGGUCUAUCAUGUAUGCAAAGGGAAAGAGAAAGACAUAUUCUGAGGUUGGGGUUGUCGAAUCAGUGGAUCUUAUUGAGAAACGUAAUGCGUCUUUAGCAAGUGCGGUGAGUCCUACUCUGUUGCGGAACAAUGAAGGGAAAAUUGUUCAAGCUCUGGACAAAGCUCAUGGAAAUAUCACAAGUGACAACAAAUCAUUCUCUAGCAACAAGGUACACAUGUGUCCAAUGCCUCUUCAAUAA